UGAUUCAGUAAACAAUCAAUCUCAAACCCCCUCUCCAAAGAUGAUGCUCGGAGAGCAACAUCGUCCUAAUCCAACGGUCCACGUCCCUCCGUGGACACUCCAAGAUGAUCCAACGGCCGAGAUCUACUCCCCUUACGCUUUAACCCCCCUCUCCGCGAACUCUGAUGGCAAUGGCAACGGCAACGGCAGCGGGGAAUACUCCCCUUACUAUCUCCAGGAAGCCUUAACUGCGCUCCAGCGUUACUUGCCCUCCAACGGAACCCCCGAAAUGGACUCGGACUCGGAAUUCUCCGGGUCCGACGCGCCGGUCGAUGCGUACUCGUGCGACCAUUUCCGGAUGUUCGAGUUCAAGGUGAGGCGGUGCGCACGUGGAAGGUCACAUGACUGGACCGAGUGUCCGUACGCCCACCCGGGCGAGAAGGCCCGCCGCAGAGACCCGAGAAAGUAUCACUAUUCCGGUACGGCGUGCCCCGAUUUCCGGAAGGGCAACUGUAAGAAGGGCGACUCUUGCGAGUUCGCGCACGGCGUCUUCGAGUGCUGGCUUCACCCGGCUCGCUAUCGCACGCAGCCAUGCAAGGACGGGACGAGCUGUCGCCGGAGGGUGUGUUUCUUUGCUCACACGACGGAGCAGCUCCGGGUUUUGCCUCAGCAGAGCCCGAGAAGCGUCGGAAGCUCGGUUAACUCCACAACCGAGUCGUACGACGGGUCGCCGCUGAGGCAGGCGUUCGAGGCCUCCUGCGUGAAAACGAUGCCCUUUCUGUCCUCCCCAUCGUCCGUUUCCCCUCCGGCGACCCCUCCGUCGGACUCUCCGCCGAUGUCGCCGAUGACCCAGUCGCUGAGUCGGCCACUGGGUUCGAGCGCAAUCAAUGAAAUGGUGGUCUCGCUUAGGAAUUUACAGCUGGGAAAGGUCAAGUCUUUGCCAUCCUCCUGGAACGUUCCAAUCGGGUCUCCCGUCUUCGGGUCCCCGAGAGGCUCCAUCCUCCGACCCGGUUUCUGCAGCGUGCCUACGACCCCGACCCGGGCCGCCCCUCACCGUCCUGGAGUCGGGUACCAUGAUAUCUGGGAGUCGGGUUGCGAGGAGGAACCGGCUAUGGAGAGGGUGGAGUCCGGGAGGAAUAUUAGGACCAAGAUGUUUGAGAAGCUGAGCAAAGAGAACUCUUUGGGUCGGGCCGAUCCGAACUCUUCUACCGGUGCUCCAGAUGUGGGUUGGGUGUCGGAGCUCGUGAAGUGAGCCCAAUCGGGACACGUGGGUGGUUCAGAUAAUCUCUGAUUUGUUUUGCUAAAGAUCUUUGAUUCUAUUUUGGUGACUUUAUUUUGUUCCUUCUCUCACACUGUGAAUAGUGUCUGAAGCAAAGUGAGAGGACGGCUCUAGAAUUUGAUUUUGGAAGCAACGACAUGCAGAUUCUCUGUAUAUAUUUAAUAUAUAUUGUCAGAUGGUAUGGGGGUGAAGAGUAGAAUCUCUUUUUUGGGGGGCUGGGAACUCGGACGAAGACAUUAGUAGAUUGUUAAGCAAGCAAGGAAAACAACAACAAAAAAGAAGAAGAAAAAGACGACUGGUUUUUUGUAUAGGCUGCGGUGGCUCAUUCCCUUUUUUUUCUAUUCUCUCUGUUAAUUAUUGCCUGUGUUUCUCAGUAUCACCAUCCUACUCUUACUGAUCUUGAAUCUUGAUCCUUGUAAAUAUUUCUUAUCAUGUAUUCCUCUUUAUCCUAAUGCAAUUAUAUAUUAAUGUA